GCCACCGGCGAAGAAGACUGCUGCGGAUAUUACAGCGAUUUCUAGCGAACAGACCCGAUAAACAAACAUGCCUUUCGUGUAAUAAUUCUAAUUUCUUAUGUGCUUUUAUUUGAUCAGACACCUGGUUCAACGAUUUCUUUCCAGGUAAUUAACGACGGACAGGGGCUCACCUGACGAUUACCAAAGGGGAGACAGACAUUGUUUUUGUGUCCUUAAUAAACCAAAUCAUAGGAACUUGUCUGCUACCGUCUGGUCUUGUUAACAUGGCGCGACCAGGUGAAGUUGGAGAACAAGUUGGUUAGUGGCGGGGAAAGUGUUGCUGUUAUCGCUAGUUUCUCCUCACAGCCCCGGCGACAUUUUACCCAGUAUCAGAGAAGCUGUUUUGACUACUCAGCAGCACUCGGGCCCAGUCUGUCACGAACAGCAGUUUUGAAGCCUGAACACACCUAAGUGGCCGCCGAGGGGGAACGUGGCUGGUGGAGUUUUUUGCUGAGGUGUGUUUGAAAGUUGAAAAGAAAGAGAGGCCAGUUUGGUGUAUCUUUUGUCAUUUGGACCUGAUUUAAAUCUAAACUUCCCCAUCAUAAUGGCCUGGGCUCUGAAGUUACCGCUGGCCGAUGAGGUGAUCGAGUCCGGUCUGGUCCAGGACUUCGAUGCCAGUCUCUCUGGCAUUGGCCAGGAGCUCGGAGCUGGAGCGUACAGCAUGAGUGAUGUGCUGGCUCUCCCCAUCUUUAAGCAGGAAGAGUCCAACCUGCCCCCAGACAAUGACAAUAAGAUCCUUCCUUUCCAGUAUGUUCUGUGUGCUGCCACAUCACCUGCUGUGAAGCUGCACGAUGAGACGCUCACCUACCUCAACCAAGGACAGUCCUACGAAAUUCGCAUGCUGGACAAUCGGAAAAUGGGCGAACUCCCGGAGAUCACGGGUAAAAUGGUGAAGAGCAUCAUCCGCGUGGUGUUCCACGACCGUAGGUUGCAGUACACUGAGCACCAGCAGCUGGAAGGCUGGCGCUGGAAUCGUCCCGGUGACCGAAUCCUCGACCUUGACAUCCCCAUGUCUGUCGGUAUUGUGGACCCAAGGGCAAACCCAACCCAGCUCAACACGGUAGAGUUUCUGUGGGAUCCCUCGAAGCGGACGUCAGUCUUCAUCCAGGUCCACUGCAUCAGUACGGAGUUCACCAUGCGCAAGCAUGGUGGUGAAAAGGGCGUGCCCUUCCGCGUCCAGAUCGACACGUUCAAGGAGAACGAGGCAGGGGAGUACACGGAACACCUGCACUCUGCCAGCUGCCAAAUCAAAGUCUUCAAGCCCAAAGGUGCCGACAGGAAGCAGAAGACGGACAGGGAAAAGAUGGAGAAGAGGGCUCCACAAGAAAAGGAGAAAUACCAGCCGUCAUACGAGACGACCAUCCUCACUGAGUGUUCACCUUGGCCUGAAGCUACAUACGUCAACAACUCCCCGUCGCCAGGAUUUGGCCCCACUCACAACAGCUUCCCUGUAACGGAAGGAAACUUCACAUCUAAUUUGGCUCCAAUUGUUUCUAGCAAUGGAUCACCAAACCACCAGCCUGAGCCAGUUGUACAGGUGGCAGAUAAUCUGUUGCCCACGGCAACACCACAGGAAGCACAGCAGUGGCUCCAUAGAAACCGCUUUUCGCCAUUCUGCCGUCUCUUCACAAACUUCUCGGGGGCAGACUUGCUGAAACUAACCAGGGAGGACGUCAUUCAGAUCUGCGGCCCAGCUGAUGGCAUAAGACUGUUUAACGCACUGAAAGGAAGGGUGGUUCGUCCGAGACUCACUGUCUACGUGUGCCAAGAGUCCCAGCAGGGGCGCGAGCAGCAACAGAAGCAUGAGAACGGAGACGGCACGGGCAGCACCUUCUUCGUGUACCACGCCAUUUACCUGGAGGAGCUGACGGCUGUUGAGCUGACGGAGAAAAUAGCCCAGCUCUUCAAUAUCUCUCCACGCCAGAUCAACCAGAUCUUCAAGCAGGGACCCACGGGCAUUCAUGUGCUGGUCAGUGAUGAGAUGAUUCAGAACUUUCAGGACGAGAUGUGUUUUGUCUUGGAUACAAUGAAAGCUGAGACGAACGAUGGCUACCACAUCAUCCUGAAGUGAGAACACAAGAAGGGGGACGAGAGUUGGCCCCCGUUUUCCAUCCGAUUGGUCCCUGUCAGCACGCCCCGCCCACACUCCCCAACCUCGACUCCUCCCGGGCUGCGCUCAUGACUGUUUUGCUUGGAACGAGUACGGAGGCUGCCGUGGGAAAUGGGAGACGCGUCUGGCCCAUUCUAAAACCUCCAUGUGUUGCUCUCCUCGGAGUAUCUCAACUGCCAGUACUACCCCACCCCCACCCCAAUGCGUUUUUUUGGUUUUUUUUUGCUUUUGCUUUGUCAUUUCUUAUGUCGUAUUCAAAGUGUAUUUCUUUGAUGUCCACGUGUUACCCGAGCUCUCUGGUGUGCCAAAGCCUGUUGCCAACCCCCAACCCCCCCCAACACACACACACAAACAAGAAAGACUGAAUGGGCUGAUGUGUAGUGUUUUUAGAUGAUAUCUGAUCUGGUCCUCAUGCAUCUACACUCGCGGUUAAGAGAACCGUGUGUGUAUUCACUCCAGUGAGAAAGUCUGAACACGGAUAAGGACCUGCAUGUAGCUGAAGCGAGUGUCGCCUCUGCUCCUGUUGUUGGAAGAGCAUAACAGGCUUGUGUCUUCGGUGUGUUUCUGAAAGCAUUCUUGACAACUUUCUCGGCCAACGUGAAACUUGAACUUUUCCUUAAAUCAGGUUUUCCGUGAUUGAGGAAGGCAAUGAUAGAAUCGUAGGGUGAUGGGCAGUCUCACAGAUGCCCUUCCACGAAUCGGUUUUCGUUUUCUAGUCUUGUCAGUGUCUUUGUUCACCUGUGCUGUUUGUCCCAUGUGUUAUCGGUUGGAAAAAAAUGUAUUGGUGUCAUUCGAGACCUUUUCUCUGCAGACUUAUUCACAGAGCUCUGCUCAGUGCUCCGUCAUCUUAUCGCUCUGAAUGAAUUAUUUUAGUAUCCUCCUCUGGCUUGGCAGUUUGAAAGAGGAGCAUUGCUCGGUGUAACUGAGUUACUGUUAUCUAGCUGAUGUCUUACCUCACAUUCUAAAUGCUAAAAAAAAAAAAGUCUUUGUUUCGCACGAGACGAAUGUCGUCUCUGAUGUGGAUUCUUUUCUGAGGACGGUGAAGGGUGAUGUGGCUCUGAGAGUAGUGAAUCCUUCAUGCCGACAAACACGCACUACAUUUUGGUGUUGACUGUUCUCUCUUACAGUUUAGACAGUGGGGCACAAGGCACCACCAAGCUGAUCUCCCUCUCGGCAUCUCAUUCGCUCUUAAUCCCUUGUUUUUGUUUUUUUCAUUAUACUCAUCAUUGUCGCAAAGCUCUGUCAUUAGAGUAUUAUUUACCAGUUGCAGUUUUGGCUUUUUUUUUAGGAGGAAAAUAUUUUUAUUUUUUGCAGACAAGAAAAUAAUCAUGUCUUACAUAAGCCUGUAACCCAGCAGAGUUGUGUGGGUCAUUCACGUUGUUGGGUUGCUUUUAUUCUUUGGGCUCUGACCGCUGUAAUGCAGCUCCAGACGGGGCGGUAGGGAUGUGGUCAAACUUCUCAUGAAGGUAGUGACGGUUAGCUGCGCUAGAUGUAAGGACAAAGAGCAAGAAAUAACUGAGGCAUAAUCUGUCCCUAUCCCCUCUUAUCAAUGUCACUGCAAAAAUUAAAAUGGAUUAACAAUG